AUGUUCAGAAAUGCUAAAAUUUACGAUGAUCCGGUUCAAAUCAUAAAAACAGGCCGAACAAUCGCUAAAAUACGGACAGACGAACAAAAAACAAAUAUUUAUACUGAAUUUGCUAUGCCAAGCCCUGUGUGUGAUAAGAAGGCUAUUUUGUGUGCGAGUAGAACAGAAGCAAAAAAUUUGUACCUCGGUGCGUACGACAGCAAAAGAAAGAUUUUCGUGUUUAGGAGGGUAGCAGGCAUCUAUGAGCCCAAAGCAUGCUAUGACAGAGAUGCUGAGGAUGACAACCUCAAAGAAUACGAUGUAAUGACCGGCAGAUCGUUUUUUGAUUGUGUUAAUGAGGACAUGAAUGCGGAAGAUGAGAAUGAAAGCGUGAACGAAAAAAACGGUGUUCUUAUGGACUACUUCUACCUGUACAAAAUGUUGAAGAGACUGGUUGUUGUGAACACAAGAGAAUUUGUGGAUGCAGCAUCGUACAAUUCUAGGAUAGACAAAAUGACGAUAAUCACGUUUCUUAACGACAAUACGAUCAAAUUCAAAGGCAGGAAAAUUCUUGACCACAGUUUCUACGAUGAGUACCUAAGGGAUAAGAGAAGGCGCAUGUUGGAAGCGUAUGACACGGUUGAUGCGGACAAAAUGAGGGAGUUACUGGGUGAUAGCUUCUUCCUGUACGAAGAGUUGCAUGUUGGAAGGAACUACACGUACAAAUUGAGGGGAUACGACGAAAAGGUGGAGGAGCAGGAACCGCCUGUGCAGAGCGAUUACAAGAGUGAACUGAUUGAUAUAACGAUGGAGAAGUAUAAAAUGGUGUCGAUUGAUGAUAUCAUGAAGAAUACGCCGCUCUCAUACCACCAAGUCAAGCAGGUACUGGCACGAAGGAACUAUGUCAAGUUGUGUAACGAAAAAUACGCUCCCUUGCACGGUGAGCAUCAACCGGUCAGGAACCAGGUGCUAGAUAUUCUCAAACAGAGAGAUAAGAUAAAAAAGAAGGAGCUGACAUACGACGAUGAAAGCCAUUUUAAAACGGUAAUCAAGGAAUUCUGCACUUUUGAAAGAGGAGUAUGGCAGUUAAGGCGAUGAAUUCGGAAUAAAAAGGAUGUUAAGAAACGUGUCAGGCGAUGAAUAUCCUGUUAUGAUUGUUUUACUUGACUUAAGAAACAAUUAAUGGCGUGAAUUCCUGUUCCAGCUGUUUUUUUGUAGAAAGUCGUGAUUUGAGAGAAGAGCUAACGAAUAGAUCGUUGUUAGCUGUGUUGACUCGAACAAAAUUACGUGUUAUGCUGUUACCGCCCUAUAAAUGAAUGUUAAAACGGUUACGUUCCUGGAAUGCUUCCCUUCCGAUGUCGACGAGGAAGAGCACGUUUUGCUGGUGUCAAAGCAUUUACAACUCGUAAGAUGAGACGUAUUCAUUCAGUAAAUGUGGUUCGUUUUAAACUGUAAAAAAUUUACCGGUUGAGGCGGACUGGAAAAGUGUGUUGCUUGGGUGCGGUACUGGGGGAUGAAUAAACGCAUUUUAUGAAUAAAACACAAAUAAGACUCAUCAACAGUAAUUAUUGUCCCUCGUAUCAACAACAGUUGUAC